AUGAUCGACAUUCUACUUGUGUUGGAUAAAAAGAAUAUUGAUCCAUUUAUUUAUCAAUUGCAAAAUCUGAAAGUUCAUUAUGGUAAAGGUCGUCCAGUUAGUACUAAAAAGUAUAAAUUAGAAUAUGAAGUGUUAAAAGUCAAGACAAAUCAACGACGAUGUAAAAAAUGUAAAGAUAUUAGGCAUUAUCAAAGAACUGCAAGAAGGUCUAGCGUUAUAUCAUCAUAG